GUAGUGACCUUUCUAUUAAUUUUGAUAUUUCGCUUCUAGUACGUUCAAAUGAGACAAAAUGUUGUCAUAUAAUUAAGUUUAUUGAUACUUAAUUAUACGAUAAGGGAAUUUUUCAAUACUCGUUUUCACUCUUCAACGUUGUAAAAAAAUUUACGUCGCGAAGCUCCCCCACGAAAACUAUGAAAAAACCCUGGUUAAAACAAAAUGGCGCGGUUCUGUGAUUUCAACGUGCCUUACUCGGAAAACACGGAAAAUCUGCAUCAAAUUGUGGAAAUGGCAAUCAAACUUGGUUAUGAGUCAGUUGCCCUUAACUGUUGCGUCACGCCUGGAACAAAGAAAGGGCAGGCAGCAGUUCCUUCUCCACCAAAACCAGUUGAGUUAAGCCAGGCAACUUUGGCUCCUCUAAUGGCACAGCGUAAAACAUUCCAGCAGUUAACUCGAUUGACAGCAAUCAUAGAGACUAAUGAGCAGAAAUAUAAGCUGAAUCCCAAUAACCCACCAGUCAACACCUAUGACAUCCUUGCUGUGCAACCACUGAACAUGAAGAUGUUUGAAGCAGCCUGUCAUGAUCUGGAGGUGGACAUCAUCAGCCUGGACAUGACGCAGAAGCUACCCUUCCUUCUAAAGCUGACUCCUAUCAAGAGGGCUAUUGCCAGAGGAAUCCGGUUUGAGAUAGUUUAUGCGCCGGCUAUUAGAGAUAGUACCUUAAGAAGAUAUAUCAUCUCUAAUGCUACAGACUUGAUGACAUUCUGCAAGGGAAAGAAUAUCAUCCUUUCCAGCCAAGCUGAAAAGGCCAUAGAGCUAAGAGGUCCUCAUGAUGUAGCCAACCUAGGAGUGCUGUUUGGGAUGAAUCAGGCGCAGGCAAAGGAUGCAGUAUCUGUCAACUGUAGAGCUGUGUUACUGCAUGCAGAGACCCGAGGUUCAGCAGUUGGAGUGAUCUCCAUAGAGAGGAUCAUGAAACAAACCCCAGGGGUGAUCUCCGUGGAGAGAAUCCCGCCAGCCUCUGCUGACAAGAGAACUCUGGAAAAGGAUUCAGGGGAAGACCCACCUGGGAAGAAGCCAAAAAUGACAGCUCAGAAAAAGAUUAAGUAGUCUCUUGCAGUGCAUGUAUAGAGGUAGUUGUUUGACUUACCUUACAAUCACGAACAUACUUCUCGUAGAAAUUUGAUUUAAUUUGUGUUAAGGAUGUGGUGGUUGGAUACAUACAUUAAGUAAUUUUUUUGUUCAAUGAUUAUGUUAGGUUUCAGAUAGACAUAAAUAAUUGAGAAGACAAAGUUUUCAAGCACCAUUGGUUAUUUAUUGGCACAAGUAAUGAACAAAAAAUUACUUGGUGUCAGUGAAAAACAAAUACUACUAUGGUAUCAAUUUACUGACCACUAUGUGAUAACUAACUUCUAAUGUGGCACAAUCCAUAUACAUACCACAUAAUGCUGAAAAAUAUGUCAAGUAUUCCUGGUACUAUACAGUGGAAAAAGUACAGAUGGACGACUAGUAACAUCCCAGUUGGAUUGAGAACAUGCUACAUAGAACAAGGCUUACUGAUAUUGCUGGACAGAAACC